CAGCGGAAGUGUCUUGUCCCAUCUUUCUCUGUGUUCAUUUCCCGAGCAACUUACUUCCGGCUCCUCAGUUUGCGAGCCGGCUGGCAGCAUGGCGUUGUACAACUUUAAGAAGAUCAUGGUGGUCCCCACCGCCAAGGACUUUAUAGACCUGACACUGUCAAAGACUCAACGAAAGACUCCAACAGUCAUUCAUAAACAUUAUCAAAUUCACCGCAUUAGACAUUUUUACAUGAGGAAAGUUAAAUAUACUCAGCAGAAUUACCAUGAUAGACUCACCCAGAUUUUAACUGACUUCCCCAAAUUGGAUGAUAUCCAUCCAUUUUAUGCUGAUUUGAUGAAUGUUCUUUAUGACAAGGAUCAUUACAAGUUGGCCUUAGGACAAAUUAAUAUUGCCAAAAAUCUAGUGGACAAUGUUGCCAAAGAUUAUGUUCGGCUUAUGAAAUAUGGGGAUUCUUUGUACCGCUGCAAGCAGCUCAAACGUGCAGCCCUGGGGCGAAUGUGUACAAUUAUCAAGAGACAGAAACAAAGUUUGGAAUAUCUGGAACAAGUUCGUCAGCAUUUAUCCCGUCUGCCAACUAUUGACCCAAAUACUCGGACGCUGCUUCUGUGUGGGUAUCCAAAUGUUGGAAAAUCCAGUUUCAUCAAUAAGGUGACAAGAGCAGAUGUGGAUGUGCAGCCUUAUGCCUUUACAACCAAAUCUUUGUUUGUAGGACACAUGGAUUAUAGGUAUUUGCGUUGGCAGGUGGUUGACACUCCAGGGAUUCUGGAUCACCCUUUGGAAGACAGGAACACCAUUGAAAUGCAGGCUAUAACAGCAUUGGCCCACCUGCGUGCUGCUGUGCUGUAUGUCAUGGAUCUGUCUGAACAGUGUGGGCAUAGUCUGGAAGAACAGCUGGAGCUCUUUAAAAAUAUUAAGCCACUUUUUGCUAAUAAGCCUCUUAUUAUUGUAGCAAACAAAUGUGAUGUGAAGAGGAUAUCUGAACUUCCAGAAGAUGACCAGAAAAUAUUUGUAGAUUUGCAAGCUGAAGGACUUCCUGUUAUAGAGACGAGUACCCUGACCGAAGAAGGUGUUAUUAAAGUUAAAACAGAGGCUUGUGAUAGACUUCUGACUCAUCGAGUUGAAACCAAAAUGAAAGGAAACAAAGUGAAUGAAGUGCUGAAUAGAUUGCAUUUAGCAGUACCAAGCAAAAGAGAUGAUAAGGAGAGGCCACCAUUCAUUCCUGAGGGUGUAAUAGCACGCAAGAAGAGAAUGGAAACUGAUGCACCCAAAAAGAAAAGGGAACGAGAUCUUGAGCUGGAAAUGGGAGAUGAUUACAUUUUGGAUCUUCAGAAAUAUUGGGAUCUAAUGAAUUCAUCUGAAAAAUAUGAUAAGAUACCAGAAAUCUGGGAAGGCCAUAAUAUAGCUGAUUAUAUUGACCCAGACAUCAUGGAGAAAUUGAAAGAAUUAGAGAAGGAAGAAGAACUAAGACAAGCUGCUGGAGAGUAUGACAGUGAAUCAGAAACUGAAGAUGAGGAAAUGAUGGAAAUUCACCAGUUGGCAAAGCAAAUUCGUGAGAAAAAGAAACUGAAAAUUCUGCAAUCUAAAGAGAAAGAUACAUCAGGCCCCAGAAUGCCUCGCACUGCUAAAAAGGUUCAACGGAAAACACUGGAGAAUGAGAUGCGCAGCCUCGGUAUUGACAUGGAUGAUAAAGAUGAUAGCCACUAUGCCACCCAGGCAAGAAGGUCUCGGAGCGUUACCAGGAAACGCAAACGUGAAGAGUCUGUUCCUCCCACAUCUAAAAUCCGAAGCCGCAGCUGUUCACGCACACCCCGUGAUGUUUCUGGUCUGAGAGAUGCCAAGAUGGUGAAGAAAGCUAAAACCAUUAUGAAGAAGGCUCAGAAGAAAAUGAAUCGCUUGGGGAGAAAGGGAGAAGCUGAUAGACAUGUGUUUGAUAUGAAACCGAAGCAUUUAUUGUCUGGCAAAAGGAAAUCUGGUACAAAAGACAGAAGAUAAAAAAUACCCUUUUGAACUUAAA